AUUAAGUCCCCGACUUCCUCAUCUGUUCGGCCUGCCCUCUGCUUUCUCCUCUCCCUCUCUCCUCUCCGCCUUGUUGUACGUUAUGGUCGCCUUGCCUUACCUUCCCUACAGAAGGGCCGAGUAGCCCCUGCCGCCGUUAACUUUCCGUUAACUGAUUGCUCGGAUGGAAAUUGCCGCGUUGACGUCGGCCGCUAACGGCGGCGAAGCUUGCCGGCCGCCGCGGCUUCCGCGGUGGACGCGGCAGGAGAUCCUCGUUCUCAUACAAGGUAAGAGGGUGGUGGAAAGCCGAGGGAGAGGGCGCGCGUCGACGUCGGCGGCGGCGGCGGAGCCGAAGUGGGCGGCAGUUUCGACUUACUGUCGGCGACAUGGGGUGAAUCGGGGGGCGGUUCAGUGCCGAAAGCGGUGGAGUAAUCUCGCCGGAGAUUACAAGAAGAUAAAGGAGUGGGAGAUCCGGCGAGAGAUGAGAGGGGAGCCGGAGUCGUUCUGGGCGAUGAGGAACGAUUUGAGGAGGGAGAGAAAGUUGCCGGGGUUCUUUGAUCGGGAGGUGUAUGAUAUACUUGACGGCGUGUCGCCGGCGGCGGCAUCGUCGGCGGCGCGGGCGGCUCCGGCGGUGGAGGAAGAGGGGGAUGUAGAGGAGGUGGUGUUUGAUAGUGGACGGAGCGCGGCGGAUGAUGGGCUUUUUUCGGAUUUUGAGGAGGAGAAAGAGGCGGAGGAAGGGGACGAAAGCGAGAUGGAGAGGCCGACGCCGCCCGUGGAGGUCGUUCCGAUUUCUGAGAAGAAGUUGGAAUUAGUUCAAGAGGAGGAAUCUACUCCAGGUUAUGCUUUGUUUCAUUGAGUUUUUUUUUUUCUUAAUAUAUUUUUGCUGCUAAUUUUACCAUGAAAUCGACUUUUGUUUUCAAGUUAUCUUCUUGUUUAUCAUAAGAUAUUC